AUGCCUGAACCAACUAUUGCAAUCCCGGUUACUUCUGAGGACCCGAAGAAGAAGAAGGAGGAGAAGGAGGGUGAGGAGAAAGCUGAUGGUAAGCUGAAGGAGGAUGAGAAGGCGGGAGAGGAUCUGUCGGAGGAGGACCUUCAGCUCAAGAAUGAGCUAGAAAUGCUGGUUGAACGACUCAAGGAACCUAACACGGAUCUGUACCGACCUGCUCUGGAGACACUUCGGACACUGAUCAGAACUUCCACGUCCUCUAUGACAUCUGUUCCGAAACCUCUGAAGUUCCUGCAUCCGCACUAUCCCGAGCUGCAGUCAUUGUACGAGACAUGGGCGCCCUCAGAGAACAAGAGCUUGUUCGCAGAUAUUUUGUCUGUGCUCGCUAUGACGUACUCGGACACCGAGCCGCGAGGCACUCUCCGCUACCGCUUGCUCUCCGCGUCCCUCAAGCCCGCAGGCUCGCAAAUCUCGGAACCGGGCUCAUGGGGACAUGAGUACGUCCGUCACCUAGCUGCAGAGCUAGGAGAGGAGUACAGUGCACGCAUACUUGGCGAGUCGGACACCACCGCUGCUCUGGAGAAAGACUCGGAAGCCGCACAGGAAGCGAUGAAGGCUCCGCAGGUCAUUGGGAACAUCGACGACCUCCAAGAUCUGGCCAUGGUGUGCGCGGCAUUCUUGCUCCACCACAACGCAGAACCAGAUGCUGUCGACCUCUUGGAGGAGUUGGAGAUUGUUGACCGGAUAUCGGAGCUCGUGGACGAGAAUACGUAUGAGCGGAUAUGCCAGUACAUGAUUCGCUGCGUAAAUCUGCUACCCCCACCAGACGACCGCGCAUUCCUCCGGACAGCACACAAUAUCUACGGCCAGCAACACAAAUUCCCCCAAGCACUCGCACUCUCAAUACGUCUCGGCGACCCUGAGCUGAUUCGCAAGGACUUUAACGCCCCAGCAAACCCUUUGAUGAAGCGUCAGCUCGCAUUCAUGCUCGCCCGCGCCCAAAUCCCACGAGAAUGGAUCGACCCGCAAAUGUCAGAGGAUGGUGUAGACGAGGGCGAGUCAGAGUUGCCAGAGGACGUCGUGGAGUGCUUGAGCAAUACACACUUGAGUGAGCACUUCCGGGACUUUGGCAAGGAGCUGGGUGUUCUGGAGCCGAAGAGCUUGGAGGAUGUGUACAAGUCACAUCUUGAAAACACAAGAACGUCUGCGGCUGCGAAUGUCGACUCGGCGCGGGGUAACUUGGCUGGCACAUUCGUCAAUGCCUUCGUCAACGCUGGCUUCGGCAACGACAAGCUCAUGGUCGAGGCCGAGGAGGGCAACAGCUGGAUCUACAAGAACAAGGACCAUGGUAUGUUGAGUGCCGCAGCAAGUCUUGGUCUCAGUCUUCUGUGGGACACGGACGUCGGUCUCAGCCAUGUCGACAAAUACACCUACGUCCCGGAAGAGUACAUCAAGGCGGGCGCGCUCCUCGCGACAGGUAUUCUCAACUGCGGUGUACGAACAGAAGCCGACGCGGCCCUAGCCCUGCUCGGCGAAUACGUCGAGAACAAAGCUGCCUCGCUGAAGAUCAGCGCCAUUGUUGGUCUUGGUCUCGCCUACGUUGGCUCGCACAGGGAAGAUCUCCUGCAGAUGCUCAUUCCGACCGUCAGCGACGAUGGCAUCUCGAUGGAGAUCGCGUCUCUGACUGCACUAUCACUCGGCUUCAUCUUCGUUGGCAGCGGGAAUGGCGAAAUCGCCAGUACGAUCCUGCAGACGCUGAUGGAACGCGAGGACAAGCAGCUUGAGGAAAAGUGGACGAGGUUCAUGUUGCUUGGUCUGGCGCUUCUCUACCUCGGCUUGCAGGACGGCUCUGACGCGACCAUCGAGACCCUCAAGGCGAUCGAGCACCCGAUCUCGAAGCAGGCGGUCAUCCUCGUACAAACGUGCUCGUACGCGGGCACGGGUGAUGUCCUCAAGAUCCAGGAGAUGCUUCACCAUUGCGACGAGCAUAUCGUAAAGCCAUCGAAGGACGAGAAGAAGGACGGUGAGAAGAAGGAUGAGAAGGAUGCCGCGCCGGAGGAGCCCCCCAAAGACGACACCUUCCAGUCCUUUGCUGUUCUGGGUAUUGCGUUGGUCUCGAUGGGCGAGGAGGUCGGCUCAGAGAUGUCCAUGCGGACACUGAACCACCUCAUGCACUAUGGAGAGCCUGUCAUCCGGAAAACGGUCCCUCUAGCCCUCGGCCUCCUCAGCGCAUCAAAUCCUCAGCUUCCCGUACUCGACACCCUCUCGAAGUACAGCCACGACAACGACCUCGCCGUCGCACUCAACGCGAUCUUCGCCAUGGGUUUGGUCGGUGCUGGAUCCAACAACGCCCGGCUCGCACAGAUGCUCCGACAACUAGCGGGCUACUACUACAAGGAGCCUGAUUGCUUGUUCAUGGUCCGCAUCGCGCAGGGACUCGUACAUAUGGGCAAGGGGACGCUCACUAUCAAUCCGUUCUUCUCGGACCGCAACAUCAUGAGCAGAACAGGUGUGGCGGGUUUGUUGGCUACGCUGCUCGCGUUUACAGACGCGAAAGGCUUCGUGCUCGACAAGUACCACUGGAUGUUGUACUUCCUCGUGACGGCGAUGUAUCCGAGGUUCCUCAUUACCCUCAACGAGGAACUCAAGAGCUUCCCGGUCACCGUCCGCGUUGGUCAGGCCGUCGACGUCGUCGGCCAAGCCGGCAAGCCAAGAACGAUCUCCGGCUUCCAAACGCACUCGACACCAGUACGGUUGGGCACGACGGAGCGGGCCGAGCUCGCGACGGAGGAGUUCAUCCCCUUCGCGCAUGUGCUGGAGGGCUUCGUCAUCCUGCAGAAAAACCCGGGGUACGAGAAGGAGGACCAGAUGGAGCUGUAG